ACACACACAUAUACACAGUAACCUUUCUUGGUUACACUCCACUACCCAUUGUUUUUAUUACCCGAAAGAAACAAAGACGUUCUCAAAGAAACCCUUUCAAUACAUACUUUAUUUUUGUUUUGUUGAAGAACAAUCAAGAAAGAGAGAGGGAGGGGGGCUCAGGCUCAGAUACCCAUUUUUCUCCAUCUCUUUUUUUGAUCAAUCUCAAAACAGUGAAACACCCUUUUGAUCUUGCUUCUCCUUUUGUUUACAGUCCUUUUAAGAUUUUGCAAUUUGAUGGAGCAAAUUUGGGGGUUUCUUCAUUUCCCUUGUGAAAGCUUCAUCUUUUUGCACCAAUCUUGAAACACCCAUUUGGAUUCACGUAUUCAAAUAGAAACCGGAGAGUCCUCGGUGUUCAUAUAGGUUGGGUUAAUUCUUGUUGAUCAUGAAAGGGGAAACAUCAUGGGUUAGUCAUUGUGUUGAUGAUAAAUCUAAAGACAAUGAGGAUUUUGAUUCGUUCGCGGAGGUCAAUGAUGAGGUUAAUAAGGACAAUUCACCCGUAAUUUCGGUCGAUCUAAUCCUUCCGGAUGACUUGUUAGAACGAAUCGUAGCUUAUCUCCCUAUCGCAAGUAUCUUUCGGGUAGGUUGUGUGUGUAAAAGAUGGCAUGAAAUCGUGAGUUCAAGACGGUUUUUAUGGAACGUAUCACCAGUUUUAUCCCAAAAACCGUGGUAUUUCAUGUUUACGAGCUCUGAUGAACCGAUUGGAUAUGCGUACGAUCCCGUCCUACGAAAAUGGUACGGGAUCGAGCUGCCAUACAUGGUGAAAACCUCAAGAUGGUUCAUAGCUUCGUCUUCUGGCUUGGUAUGUUUCAUGGAUAACGAUAGCCGGAGCGAGCUCUACGUCUGUAAUCUCAUAACCAAAUGCUGUUUUCGCCUCCGCGAGCCGCCUGGUUUGCGGUUUUGCGACUAUAGCGCCCUCGCGAUCUCGGUCGACCGUAUUUCGACAAACUACACCGUGACUGUUGUCAAAUCUCGUCAAGUCCCUGAGAAUUACCUCCAGUGGGACCUCUCGGUCCACGUGUACGACUCGGUGACGAUGAUGUGGACGACGAUCGUGACCGAGAUGUUGAUGGGAUGGAGAGGUGGCGACGAGAGCGUGAUUUGUAAUGGGGUUUUGUAUUUCUUGAUUUACUCGAUCGGGUCGUUUCAAGAACACCGACACGGGCUCGUGAGUUGCAAUCUUUCCAGCCGGUCGUCAUCAUCAUCGUCACGGAAUGUUUUGACACGGGAUUUUGUCUCGGUUCCAUGCUCGCUUACGUGCGGCCGGUUGAUGAACCUUAAAGGUUCAUUAGUGAUGGUGGGCGGGAUCGGGAAACAAGAUCGACAGGAUAUCAUCAUCGGGAUCGGGAUUUGGGUUCUUGAAGACGGGAAAGAAUGGCGAGAAGUCGGCCGAAUGCCGCACAAGUUCUUCCAAGGGUUCGGCGAGUUGGAUGACGUUUUUGCAAGCAGUGGGACCGACGAUCUGAUCUACAUUCAGAGCUACGGUGCACCGGCUCUUCUGGUGUUCGAUUUGAAGAAGAAACAAUGGAGAUGGUCGCAAAAAUGCCCGGUUACGAAAAGGUUUCCGCUUCAACUGUUUUCGGGAUUCUGCUUCGAGCCCAGACUUGAAAUCUCACCCUAACUUGGCUCGUUCAUGCGUAUUUUUCGAUCUAAUUUCGUUGUUUUUUGUUGCGGAUUCGGUGUUACACGAGAAUUACGUUAUACAGUUGCUA